AUGAACCAAAGAAAAGAUCUGAACAGAUGGCUCACUGAACAAGAUCGGAGCUCUGAUAACUUUAAAUGGGUUUAUUACAACUUCAGUUUUUAUUAUAUUUCAUCUGCGUAUAAGAGCUGGAGUAACAGCAGACAAGACUGUAAAGAGAGAGAAGCAGAUCUGGUGAUUAUAAACAGCAAAAAGGAACAAGAGUUUUUGCAGAAAGCUACAGCUGGUUACUACUUUUGGAUUGGGCUGAGGAAAGAGGAAGAAGUGUGGAAAUGGAUUAAUGAAACCCCAUCGACAACAAGUUACAGCAUGUCUAGACGACCGACAGAUGCCCAUCCCCAACUUGGGAUUACGCCCGCUACAGCUGCAGACUGACUGACCAUCCCAGCUCCAUCUAAGGCAAUUCCACCACCAGCCAAGAGAAAUAUGACCAUCGGACCAUCCCAGCUCAGACCAAUACACCCCCA